AUGAGUGAAGAAUUGUUUCAUAAUGUAAAUCUUGGUUGGAAUCAAAUAACAUUAUCACGAAAUGAAUUAUUUUUAAUAAUUGUUCUUAUUGGAAUAUUUCUUCAUAGUUUAUUAUGGUUUCAAUUAUUAAUUUAUAAAAUAAGAAUAGAUCUUACAUUUUUCUUUAGUUUAACUUAUUUAUUAACUGAUUUUAUGAUAAUGUUAGCAUUUAUAAUUCAAUAUAUUAUUCGUACAAAUUUCCAAAGAUCAACACAUGGUUUUGUAUGUUAUUUUGAAGCAUAUUUUAUUGUUUAUAUUGAUAUUAUUGAAACAAUAUGUUUAACUUUUAUUAGUAUUUGUCGAUAUUAUGAAAUUGUAUUGAAUAAAAAUAUUUAUAUAAAUUAUCGAAAAUUAAUUUUAUUUAUUUCAAUAAUUCUUGCAAUUUUAAUAAUAAUUAAUAUGUUUAUUCAAAAUUAUUUUAGUUGGUCAAUUGUUCUUGAUGAAAUCGGUUCAAGUUGUUCAAUUAAUAAUAAAAAUAUUUAUGUUAUCAUUUUCAAUGAAAUAAUUUUCUUUUUUAUUCCAAUAAUUCUUUGUUUUUAUUUAAAUAUUCAAUGUUUAAUUUAUUUAAAAAAAAGAAAUUGUUCAAAAAUGAAUAAUAACAAUUAUAAAUUAAUCAAUCGUUUUCUCAUAUUUUAUAUAAUUUGGUUAAUUCUUUGGGGACCAUUUGUAUUUAUUGAACAAUUUUAUACAAAAUUCAUAACAAAUCAAAUUGAAUUUAUUGUUAUUUUAUUAACUACAUUAGACAACACUAUUGAUGCAAUUCUUGUUUCACAUUUAGAUCAACGUUUUAAAAUUGUUUGGAAAAAAACUUAUUCUUUAAUUAAAACGAAAUUAAAAUUCAAAAGAACAUUAAAAAUACAUUCAAUUAUUUAA